CAGCGGACGUGCUCUACCUCCUUUUGAACAUUCAACAAUAAAGCCUUUUCAGUGUGCUGUCAAACGGUGCCUUUCUUGUUGGGGGAAUGUCAAACCUUAGAAAGCCUCUUUUGAACUUCCGUUUCGGCUAGGAAGCACGAAUUGCUUGCGCAGGUGACAUAGUCCAACCAUGGCUCCAUCACGGAAAAACAAAGUCGUGAAGGAAGAGGUGCAGGUAUCGCUCGGACCGCAGGUGCGCGAUGGUGAGGUCGUGUUCGGUGUGGCCCACAUCUACGCCAGCUUCAACGAUACCUUCGUACACGUCACGGAUAUCUCGGGCAAGGAAACCAUCUCCCGUGUGACCGGUGGCAUGAAGGUGAAGGCCGAUCGUGAUGAAGCCUCACCAUACGCCGCUAUGUUGGCCGCUCAGGAUGUAGCGGAAAAGUGCAAAUCGCUCGGCAUCACCGCGCUACACAUUAAGCUGCGUGCUACCGGUGGAAAUCGCACCAAAACACCCGGACCCGGUGCGCAGUCGGCGCUCCGUGCGUUGGCCCGUUCGUCGAUGAAGAUUGGCCGCAUCGAGGACGUGACGCCGAUUCCGUCCGAUUCUACGCGCAGGAAGGGUGGUCGUCGCGGUCGUCGUCUAUGAGCCGGUACCCGCCUGUUGUUUCCUUUCCCUCAACCCAAAUGUGCGCACGUUCGGUUUUCCGGUUUCGGGGUAUUGGUUUUUUUGUAUGCACUUUGCUAAUCCUCCCGUGCACCCGAGGGAGCGUGAGUUUGGAAAAGUGCUAAAGUUAGUGUUUUGAUGCCCGUCGUCGCGAAUGAUAGCACUGUGAACGGCUCGUGCUGUGGUGUACCAGGACUACCAAUAAAUUGCAAGCCACUACAACAAUCUACCGGAAA